UGCGUUUCCACUCGGAGUCAUUUGCCAGAGGGAUCGAGUUCACGGUUUGAAAAGCAGUCCAUUCAAAAUAAACCAAUUGUUUUGGUUUAAUCUAUUUUUUCUCUACUAAAAUACUUUUGAGGAGAUAAUGGCUGACCCAGGUCCAAACAAGGACAACAUCAGAGCUGGAUGCAAAAGAUGCGGAUAUCCUGGACAUCUGACAUUUGAAUGUCGCAAUUUUGUUCGUGUGGACCCGAGGAAGGACAUUGUUCUGGAUGUGAGCAGUACCAGCACUGAGGAGAGUGAAGAGGAACAGGAAGCUGUCUGUAAAGAAAAGGUCUUGGGUACCAGCCAUUCAAAAGGUUCUCGAGAGGAUUCCAAAAAGGAAAAGCGUAAAAAGAAAAGUAAGGUCACAUCCCAACGUAAGGCCAAAAAGAGGUCCUAUUCAAGUGAUGAUGAGGAAGAAGUAAGCAAGAAAAAAAAGCACAAGAGUCACAAGAAGAAAGGGAAAAAGGAAAAGAAAGAGAAGAAACACAAGAAAAAACAUACAAAGAAAGACACAGAGUCAUCUUCCACCAACAGCUCCACUGAAUCUUCUGACACGGACUGAAACCGGCUCUUUUAUUUGACUCAUUUAUUAGAAUCUUUUACCGGACCACAUAAGCACUGCAAAGCAAGAAACUGAAGAUUUUAAAUGCAGAAAGCAGUAUACACAUAUAAACAACCUUCAGCUAGAGCCAUGUGUACAUAUUUCUCUCAGACACCUUGAAAUUUAAAAGAAUUCUGUAACUGAACUAAAGUCUUUUGUCUUUACCUUGAAUAAAAUUGUAUUUAGUUUUUUUUCACAAAACAGUGCAAGCAUGAAGAAAAAUUAUAAUUAAUAGGGUAAUGACAAGAGGAAAAUAGUUUUGUCUAAAUAAGGAUGUAAAAAAGCAAUCUAUUUCAGACUGUAGAAUAUUAUUUUAAGAUAAGUGGUAGGACCAAAACAAUUCAUGUCAUUUUGCUGAUCCAAAACAUUAUUUUAUCCUUCAUUUGUCAUAUUUUUGUACAUUUUAUCAUUUGUUAUAUUUGAUCAUUUAUAUAAAAAUGUGUUGACAACAGUCCAUUUGAGAGUUGUAAUUAUAGUUUAAUAAUUUGCAGAAUUUGGUAAAAAUGAGUGGAAAAAAAACAGGGAGAUAAUGUUAAAGGCAACAUUCCUGAGUAAACGUACUCGGUUACAGUAAAGUGUAAUUCGUAACUUUGCACGUUUUAAAAUGAUAUAAAAUCUAAAAACAUAAUUAAUACAGUUAAUUUUAUGCGUAGAAAAUGUAACUUACUAUGAUAAAUUAAAAAUGAACAUAAGGCCCACGCUCUCCAGAUUUGAGAUUUGAUUGGGCGAUGGUUGCUUCAAUGCCUUGACAACGUCGUGCGAUUGGUUUGAUCCGCAACAUUAGGAUUUGGAGUUUGAGAGGGCAGUUUGGUUUUCUGAGGUAAGGCACACUUUUAUUUAUAUUUUAAUUAAUUUUACAGAUUAAAGUGUUUUCCCCAAAAUUAUAACUGUAUUUAACGUUUUAGCAUAUGUUUAUGUUGUUCCGAUCCCAUAUUCCAGGAAUUUAUUGUUAAUUUUGAGGCCUGAAUUGUUGUGCUAGGACGACGUAACGCUAGUGUUAAUUGAUUACCUGAGUGAUAUUUCGCGCUAACGUUACUCUGUCAAUCUUUAUAAUUAAAAUAAACUGCAACUCAACAAAAUUAAAAGCCUACUUUUCUAAAGCCUAGUGAGACAAUUUACAAUAGUAUGUUACACAUACUAGUUCUGCACGGCAACGUAACUUACUAACAUUAUCUUCACCUUUAACUUACCCGAGAACUAUGGAGACAGAACAGUCUCAAUAAUAAUACAUUUACAAAACACAAUUCAUAAAUUCACAGCACAAUUCACAUUCAUAAAAUCAGAUUCGUAAAUUCAAAACACAAUUCAUAAAUUCACAAACAUUUUCCCCAAAUG